UUGCGUUAGCUAACGGCUGGGACGGUAACGAACAGUAAACUGACAGUUUUUUCCAAGGAAGCUAGGUACGUAUCAUUUUUGUUUCUAAUUUUAACCCACAAGCAAUUUAAAUUUAGAUAGACCAGCCUCGUAGUUUGUUUAGGGGAAAAAUCAAUGUGUGACAGCAGCUUUAAUCAGUCCAAGUGAAGAUGAGGACCAUAAGUUCAGCCAGUGGCCAAGAGGAAACUGUGAGCGUCAGAAGAAGCGAAUCAGCAGAUGCUCAGGGGAUCGACCGCCUCAUCAGCCCCUCAGCCCUGGCAGUUUUUGGAAGGGUCAAUGCAAUUCAUCUUUUAGAGAAAGCCAAUCUGGCCGUGACCCUGGUCAAUGAAAAGGACGACAUCCUGGCCCACGCUUCUUUCCUUGACCACCCUGUUGGAGACUUGGUGGAUCCGACUCACUGGAAACCUUUCCUGCAGAAACACUUCAAGGCUGGAAAAUGCACACCUUUGAACACACUCUUCCUCCACCUUUUCGUGGCAGAGCCGGAGUUCGCAACAGCUAGUGUCAAGGAAAUAAUGAGGGCUGUCUUUAUCGCCAUCGCAGAGCUUGAAUACAUCUGCUUGGUUAGCCCGAACGUUGGCAGCUUAGAGCCGGCUCUGGAUGAGAUGUUUGAGCCGCUGCAGCCCCGGACCGGCCCCACGCCUCAGUGCUUGGCGUUCAUCUGCCACAGGGAAAAGCACUGUCCACGCCUUCAUGUCCGCCCCGCCAGGGUUGAAGAUCAUGAUGACAUCAUGCGUUUGUUUGCCGAGCAGACAAACCUUCUGUCAGUCGUCAACCAGCCGUACUUCCUGGCAGAGCUCAUUGAGGCAGAGGACGAGAAAAAUCACAGCGCUGUUUGUGAGGGUGACGGAGUCGCCAUGGGCUUUAUCAGGGUCACUUCUGAUUUUGAUUUGAAAAGGCUGCACGACAGCUUUGAGUUGAGUGGGAUAGACGGUUUGUACGAACCGCAGCAGAUAAAACAGGAUGAACCUGCUGCUCCGUCCGACUCAAAAGAAGAAGAUGAAGAACCAAGAAAAACCCGAACCUCGGUCUCACAGCGGGAGGAGGAGACACAACCAACUGGAGCGGCACAUUUCCCAGAAAAAUCCAACACUGUCUGUAUUCAGUUCUUCAUUAUUGACAAGAAUUAUGAAAUGAGAUCAGUGGACUGUAUUCCAUAUAUAUUCAGCCAUUUCCCUGAUGCAGACUUCUGCAUCAUCACCGUACCAGCACUGUCCCCAGAGUUCUUGUUGCUGCAGAGCUUCCUCAGAGUGCCGCCCCGGGUCACCAGCUUGCUGCCCCUUGAACUCUACAUCUUCCACCGUGCCGGGCUCAGAAAUGUGAAGGUGAGGCCGGCUGUGGCUGCUGACCGGCCUGCUGUCUCUGACCUGGUGAAGGGUCUGAGACUGAACGAGUUGCUGCUGCAGGACCUGGACUGCUUCUAUGAGACCCGCAGAGACCCGGAUGGCGUGGCGCUGCAGGCCUUUGUGGCCCAGGCGCAGAGUCAGGUUGUGGGGAUUCUGAUCGUCAGAGACGAGCAGGACAUCGAGUACAUCCGUGCCCACUACAACAUCGAGAACUUCAUCUAUUUCAGCCAUCACCGCUACGAGGAGCACGCUCAGAUACGCCACUUUGUCCUCAAACCUUUCUUCCAGCACUUCACCAAACACGUGUUUAAGGAGGUCCUCCGGCUGGCUCACAAGUCCUGCCUGUUCCACAGAAUCUACUCCUCGCACAACAGCCAGGAGAAUUCCUGCGUCCACCAUCUGGAUUUUGUCCUCAACUGUGCGGUGCCUGUCCGCCCACGACGCCAGAUCAUCUACCCGCUGAAGGAACUUGGCAUCAACGCCCCUUCCAGGCAGAUCACCGAGAGCCAGGCAUCGUUUGGCCUCUAUCUCAUCAGCAGAAAGUUAACCAUGGAGCCAAAGGUCACCAUUAACGCCAGGAUUGUGGUGGUGGGGGCAUCAGACACAGGUUUAUCUUUCCUGGAGGUGCUUUGUUCCUGCCCUCACCUGAGGUUCAACCACCUGAGCCUUGUCUCAACUCACGGUUUCCUCAACGUCUACAACCAUGAGGACGUCGGGUUUCUGUCCACAAGUCAUGCAUACAGCAGCAGAGACUUGGCCCAGCUACCUCUGCAUUCAAACGUCAGUGUGGUGACUGGGAAGAUGUUGGGCAUCAACAGGAAGUCCAAACACAUCCGUGUGUCCGGGGGUAGGAAGGUGCCCUACGAUCACCUCGUCCUGUGCACGGGCCUGCAGUACCAGGUUCCCUGUCCUACUGGUGUGGAUCUGAGCCAGCCCAUCACAAUCAAGCAGCUGCAGCCUCAGUCCAGAUACACAGGGCCCAUCCCAUCUAACCUCUUCACCCUCAACGACCUCAGCGACUGCAUAGCUGCUCGCCGCUGGCUGUGUGCCAACUUUGUGGAGCUGGAGGAUAAUGCCGUUGUCUAUGGAAACAGCAUCGAUGUCUUCACCACAAUUGAGACUUUGCUUUGCCUCGGCAUCCGGGGGAAUCGUAUCCAUCUAGUCCUUCCACCUCUCAAGCCCGGCGACUCGUGCUUUAGCGACUCUGCCGUGGAGAAGGUUGUGGCAAUGGAAAUGGAGAAGGCCGAAGUCCAGGUCCACCAUAACUCCCUUCUGGCCCAGAUGAACUACGGCGCUCACCCCGACCCCCUCACAUCUGUAUCUUUCACCACCGAAGCAGAGCCCCUCCAUCUGCAGUGUGGGGUGUUCAUUAAUCUCUCCAAUAAAGGCGUUGACUACGACGCCUUCAAGAGCAUCAACAACUCUUUCAUGGUCUUUGACAGCAGACUCGUCAUAAAGGCCACAUUCCACACCAGCGAUUCAGCCAUUUGUGGUGCUGGACCUCUCACCAAAUUCUCCCGCUGCUACUACGCAGAUGAGUGGUCGCACGCCAAUUACAACUCCAAGGAAGUGGGUCAGGACCUGGCGGCUGCAUUGCUGCCCCUCUUCGAUCCAACGCUGGAGCCUGUGGCUGAGCCUCCACCUGAACAGGAUCGCCUCGUUCCACUGUACAAACAGCCCAAGAUUCAAGGCGGGAAGCUGCCUGGAGGAUAUUACUACCUGCACGUUACAAAACCCUCCGCCACCAACCAAACCGGUCCUGCUGUUAAAAUUUUACAGGACAGCGGCAUCACAACCGGACAAGUGGAGACGGGGAACUACUUCUGUAUACAUCUCGACUGCAAUGAGGUGGUGGAGGCGUUGACCUGUUUCUCUCUGAAGCCCCUCCCUGUCUCCAAUUACCUGAGUCUGUACGGGAAACACCAGCAGCUGCUGGGCCAGCUGUACAACCUCUACCACCAGGGCCUGAUCCCAGACCUGUACAGUUUCUUCAGACAGAGCUGGUGUUCGGCCAUUUUUCACGACAGAUUCUCCGACUUUGAGCAGGAGCUUCAGCAGAUCUCCUCAACUGGAGACGAGGAGUGGAGCCAGCAGGCCAUGGACUCAGAUGUCCCCCCUCAGGACAGAUUCCAAGAUGCUCAGAGUCAAGCGGCUCUGGAAAGCAGCGCUGUGAAAUAUCUGACCUACAACCGAAACCUGCUGCCUAUGUUCGCUUACCCCGGACAGCUGUGACACCACACGUGACCUCGCCAAGUUAACAAAGCUUUUUAACCCCGAUAAAUGCUUUUUAAAAUCAUUAUUGUCAUCCAAAAGCUCUGCUCACGUUCGCACAAACACACUGUGCGUGUCUACCAAAAAUGCUAAAUGUAUUUCAUUUCUCAUCAAAC